AAUCUCUUUGCUCGCACUUGCUGUCAUCAACCAUCCAGAGUAUCAUUUACGGUGCCUCGACAACGGUGGCGAUCACACCGGUCGGAGAAGGUCGUUCCCGGCGAGCUCUGUGCUAUGCUCGAACGAGAGUAUUAAUUAGUUGAAGUGCCACCGGAGAUUCGACAUCUGAAACAAAACCAGAUGAUACUGUUGCAGUCCCACUCCAGAUACCUCCUCCAGAUCUUGUCUACACGCGCUCAAAACCUUGAUAAGGGUGUUGAACUUGAUUGCCUAUGGGUUGAAUUUGGUGAUAUUCGGUUCCAUAUUCAGGCUUCAACGAGGAAUUCAAAUAUCGUGCUACUUUCAAUGUCUUUACCAAUACCUCCUCCUGAAACUGUAUUCUUUGGAGGACUUCCUCUUGGAGCAAUAGAAGCCAUAAAGGCUAGAUAUGGAGUGGUUGCACAAAUUCUAGAUCCUCCAAGAGAUGGCUUUAAUCUCACAUUGAAAUUGAAUUUGUCCAAACUUCCUCCAGAUGAAGAUCACAAACAUCAUUUGUUGGUAAGUAUUGCAGCUGUAAGGGAAGUGGUAAUGGGGGCCCCAUUAAGAGCAGUUCUGAAUGAUCUAGCUCUGAGGACAGUUCCUUCUGAUACAGAGAAGGUUAUUGCUCUUGUUCAUCGGCCAAAUGAGUCUUUCUUCCUCUUACCCCAGGCAGAGAACGUAACUGCGAUAUUUCCGAUGAGGUUCAAUGACUCUAUAGAUACCAUUCUUGCUACGUCUUUCCUACAGGAAUUUGUGGAGGCAAGGCGAACUGCUGGACUACACAAUGCCCCUCCCUGUUUUUGGUCACCUUCUCUUCCUCAAGAGCUGGAAGGUGUUGUUAAUGAGGCAUUGACAGCUAAUGCUGGAUAUUUCAGUUUUGUCAUUUUCCCACGUCAUGUGGAAGGACAGAAACUGGAUAGGACUGUAUGGAAUCUCUCAAGCUUUCAUGCUUAUGUGAAUUAUCAUGUUAAGUGUUCAGAGGGUUUCAUGCAUACUCGCAUGAGGCGUCGGGUGGAAUCACUUAUACAAGCUCUUGACCGUGCCAAGCCAGAUGCUGAAAAGCAAACGGAAAGUUCCUCGCAAAACAGAUCGUUCAAACAAUUGAGUCUUAACGAUGGCAAGAGUGGUUUGAAUUCACGAAGAUGAGGGGCAACAUCCAAACGAUGAAGUUUCGUAGUACCUGAUAAAAUUUCUUUAUUCUUGUUUCUUUCCAUGUAUUUUGGUGUAGGAACUCAGAAAUCAAAAUAUAGUUCAUGAUAAUAACCUUUUUAUUUGCCCAUGAAUUUUGCCCAAGACGCUCAAAUUAAAUGCACCAGUGCCCAGAAAUCCCCCUCUUAGCCUGGGUUAUUUACUCGGCGAGUACUCAGCGAGUACUCAGUGAGUACUCCCUACUCGGCCUAUGACCUUGCAGAGUAGCACAUUACUCGGUCCGAGUUAUUAUUCCGAGUUACUCGCCGAGUACUCGGCGAGUUAGCCAACUCGGUCAGUGGGUCAAAAAGGCGAUUUACUCGGGAGUACUCGGUAUGUAAAAAAACAUUACCUCCGCUUGGAAAAAAAUUAAAUUGAGAUUAUCCUCUGUGUUGUUUCUUAUUCUCCCUCAUGUUGCCUAUUAUAUUCUUCUCUGUAUACUGUAAUAAACUCUGAGAAUUUUGGAUUGUUCAUUGUUUGCUUGUGCUUCUUAAACCGGUGUUUUCAUUGUACAUUUUCAAGUCUUUGGCCAACU